UGCGCCACAGUGCCAGCGCUCUCCCCGGAUAGAGCGGGGCCCGAGCCCGUCCGCUCUGGUAGUUCCGCUCGCGCUGCCCCGCCGCCAUGUCGGCAACCAUCGAGCGGGAGUUCGAGGAACUGGAUGCUCAGUGUCGCUGGCAGCCGUUAUACUUGGAAAUUCGAAAUGAAUCCCAUGACUAUCCUCAUAGAGUGGCCAAGUUUCCAGAAAACAGAAACCGAAACAGAUACAGAGAUGUAAGCCCAUAUGAUCACAGUCGUGUUAAACUGCAAAGUACUGAAAAUGAUUAUAUUAAUGCCAGCUUAGUUGACAUAGAAGAGGCACAAAGAAGUUACAUCUUAACACAGGGCCCACUUCCUAACACAUGCUGCCAUUUCUGGCUCAUGGUGUGGCAGCAAAAGACCAAAGCAGUUGUCAUGCUAAACCGAACUGUAGAAAAAGAAUCGGUUAAAUGUGCACAGUACUGGCCAACGGAUGACAGAGAAAUGGUGUUUAAGGAAACGGGAUUCAGUGUGAAGCUCUUAUCUGAAGAUGUAAAAUCAUAUUAUACAGUACAUCUACUACAGUUAGAAAAUAUCAAUAGUGGUGAAACCAGAACCAUAUCUCACUUCCAUUACACCACUUGGCCAGAUUUUGGCGUUCCAGAGUCACCAGCUUCAUUCCUAAACUUCUUGUUUAAAGUCAGAGAAUCUGGUUCCUUGACCGCUGACCAUGGACCUGCAGUGAUCCAUUGCAGUGCGGGCAUCGGGCGCUCUGGCACCUUCUCUCUUGUAGAUACCUGUCUUGUUCUGAUGGAAAAAGGAGAGGAUGUUAAUGUGAAACAAUUAUUACUGAAUAUGAGAAAGUAUCGAAUGGGACUUAUUCAGACACCGGACCAGCUCAGAUUCUCCUACAUGGCCAUAAUAGAAGGAGCAAAGUACACAAAAGGAGAUUCAAAUAUACAGAAUCGGUGGAAAGAACUUUCUAAAGAAGAUUUAUCUCCUGUUUGUGAUCACUCACAGAACAGAGUGAUGGUUGAGAAGUACAAUGGGAAGAGAAUAGGUUCCGAAGAUGAGCAGUUAACAGGCCUUCCUUCGAAGGUGCAGGAUACUGUGGAGGAGAGCAGUGAGAGCAUUCUACGGAAACGUAUUCGAGAGGAUAGAAAGGCUACGACGGCUCAGAAGGUGCAACAGAUGAAACAGAGGCUAAAUGAAACUGAACGAAAAAGAAAAAGGUGGUUAUAUUGGCAACCUAUUCUCACUAAGAUGGGGUUUGUGUCAGUCAUUUUGGUUGGCGCUUUGGUUGGCUGGACACUGCUUUUUCACUAAAUGUUCUAUAAAUUAAUAGUUUUACCCAGCACCUUUCUGCACUAGUAGCUGACAGUGGUGCAUUCAUCUCAAGGGUUUGUUAGCAAUGCCUCAUACCCAGAAACACUGCGCUAGAGUAGACGUCAGCCAGAUAAGGGAUAUUACAGUCACAAGCCCAGCAUCUCAGGACUCAGCACUGCAGGUUCCUCUGAGACCCAGACUGUCAAUGGCUCACAAUAAAGACAAGCAUGCUUGUUGGAAACUGUUCCUUCUUACAGCUGCGUUCACACCAGUAUAUUGAGAAAGCCUUUAUCCCAAGGAUUGGCUUUUGGAGGCCUUCUGGAUUUUAACCUGCACUUGAUAUAAGCAAUAAACAUUGUGGUUUUUUUCUACAUUAUUAAUGGAAAGAAAAUAUCCUUUAAACAAUGUAUGUAAUGUGUAAUGUACUGUUGAAAUGGGCAUUACAACUUUAUAUAACCAUUUUAGGGUAAAUAUAUUUUAUAAGUACCUAUUUAAUCUUACUUUUGUAGUUAAAUGUACUUUUUAAAGGUUCAAUUUGAAAGUCUGUUAUCAUAGAAAAAUAAAUUGUAUGUUGACUCAGUUGUA